AGUUCUCCUACAUGCCUAGCACAAGGGAAAGGUUUCAGUUCUCCAACUUCAAUGCCAGAUGCCACUAAAUCCUACACACCUUUAAGGAUGUAGCUUGAGGAGAGCACAUGAGAGAUUCAAGGAAGUGGGUGAAGAGUUAAAUGCUGGUAGUAGAGCAGAGUGUGUGAGUGUGCGGGAGUCAACAGCAGAAGGAGGAUAAGAAAGUGCAAGAUAAGAGAGCAAAUAUAUAAAGGGCGAAAGAGGCUAAAGGCAAAGGAGCACAACAAAGGCAAACAAGACGGGAGACAGAAAAAGAAUAAAGCCAAACAAAGGAGACUGUUUUGGAACAGAGGUUGGAGAAGGAUUAAUUAGCAACAGAGCAGAAAGAGAACAAGUUAAAACACACCAACAUGACGCACCGACUGUUCGAGGGGAAGGAUCAUGCCUCUGUCUACCAAAAGUAUCGCUUUACACCUCCAGAUGAGCUCAAGAAGAUUAUUCUUCAGUAUCUUGAUACAAAGAAGGGACAACCACAUGUGCUGGCAGUGGAUCUGGGGUGUGGGACAGGUCAGAAUGCUCGGCUACUGGCACCACACUUCCAGCAAGUGGUGGGCAUUGACGUCAGCGAGUGUCAACUGGAGGAGGCCAGAGCUGUGCCAGGGUACCCUAACAUCACAUACAGGCAGGGGAUGGCAGAGGAACUCCCUUUUCCAGACUGCUCUGUGGACUUGUUGACAGCAGCGUCAGCAGCCCACUGGUUCGAUCGGUCGAGGUUUCUGGCUGAGGCAAGUCGGGUUUUAAAACCGCGGGGUUGCUUGGCUCUGCUUGGCUUCAGUGAUACUAAAACCAGACUUUGCUACCACAACUGUGGAGAAAGACUCAAUCACAUAUGUGAAGAGGUGAGGCAGUUGCUGUUGCCAUACACUAGCAGUCAGGUAGCUGUAUCUGAGGGUAAGCUGGAAGAGCUCUACUCAGCCAUCCCUUUUCCUGAAAAAGAGAGGAUUGAGUGUCUUCAGGUGAACACGUCGAUCUCAGUGAGGAGCCUGGUGGGUUUCAUUGAAACCUGGUCUAUGUUCCAAGGUUACAAGAAGAAGGAUCCCCAGGCUGCUGGAGACCUGCUGCUUAAUACUCAGAAGAGGUUUCUGGAUGAAAUGGGAGUCACUUCUCCAGACACUGAAAUGAAGCAGGAGCUGGAGUACUUCUGUGUCCUGGCGUCAAAACCACAAUAAUGAUAAUGAUGUGUUUUGAGAGAGUUUGAGAGUCUUAGAGACAUCGCAGUCUAAAAUUUGUGUACUCCAAAUGUGUAUGAAGGAAUGACCUGUUGAAUGUGAACAUUCCUAAAUAAACCCUUUUGUUCUAAGUAAAACUCUUGUUUUCCCAGUGACUCUCUUGUGUAAUGUAAGUGGAUAAGUCAGCUAAUAAAUACCUUUGACCAGGAUUACAAUAAUCCUUAACACACUAAUUUUUGUUAUAUAGGGAAGAAUGUUCUGACUAGUUUGCAGAUGAUCUAGUAUGUUAAGAUAUCUGUCAAAAGAGCACCUACUAGUGACUUUAUAUCUUACCUCUACUGUAUUUUGCUUUUCUUAAAGUUUCAUUUUGCAGCCAAAUUACCUCUCAAUAUGUUUCCCAAUAGAACAGCUGAUCCCUGGAAGCAAACUGGGAGGUUACAUAACUUGGAAAUGCUUCUGAAAUAUAAUAUACCUACCACUGUUGUUUCAUGAAAGGGGUGCUGAGACGUUUUGGUUUAAAUGAGAGUCAAGUUUUUUAGCCAAGCUCUUUAAACUUUAGCGUAAUUGGUGGCUGAUUAACUUGUUCUAGCUGCUUCAGUGCCUUUCUUUAAUCUCUACUUUUUCUCAGUGGGUAGAAGGCAGCUUGAUGCUGCUGACAGCUUGUUUUGUACCUGCUUUGUGCUCUGUAAAUGAAGCUAAAGUAACUAAUGUUCAUGGUACGGCUUCUUACAAAGAAACUGAAGACAAAGAAAUAUGUACUGUGAAGAUGUAACGCAGUUAUAUUUUCAAUAACAAAUAAAAAGAUGUGCAAGUUGCUGUUUUA